AUGCCUGACGCAAAUUCAAAGUGCGACGAGAAGCAGCCAGAAUGCGGCUUAUGCCACAAGCGAGGUUUAGAAUGCACGUAUCUUCCGACGAAAGUACAAACAAAGCCUUCGCCAUCUACCACCGCCAAUGGUGAUUCUCAUUCACGCGAUCGCACAAGCCCUCCUCAGGUCUCCGGAAUCUCCAGGUUACAGGAACUACGGCUUAUUCACCAUUUCUCAAUGGUAACUGCACCUACAAUAGCAUCCGAUGAUACGGAUCUACGCUUCUGGCAGCUCGAGCUGCCGCGAAUAGCAACGACCCAUGACUACGCGAUGGCCGGCUUGUUAGCCGCUGCGGCUCUUCACCUGGCUUCUUCCGAAUUGGAGAAACAAGCCUCCUGGCUAGAAACCGCCCUGAUCUACAAAACGCAGGCGAUUUCGGGUCUACGAGAGGAUCUAGCUACUAGCCAUGGAAACCAUGAAGUUAAAUUUAUUACUUCGUCACUAAUCUUGCUUUUAGUCACCGCUUAUCCUGGUAUUCGCAAAGAUGAACUCCAGGUUGAUCCGUUGCGCGAAGUGCUUGCAAUGCGGUCAAACCUUCAGGGCUGCACCAUGGUUUUCAAUCAAAUAUACUACGGACCAACAACAACCAGUAUUGACUUCUGGAUACGCCGUGAGAGGUUGAACCAGGGAGGCAAGGACCAAGAAAGCGACGCCGGUUUACUCCAGUUACAUAAGGAAAUCUUACAGAGAAUCAAUGAGGUUCAAACCGUCAUUGACCAAUGCCAAUCCCCAUCUCGACAGAUAUACCAGUCCGCCUACGACUUGACCUUGAAGACGCUUCAUACUUGGCCCCGGCAGAUUGAGAGCGUUGUAUGGCCGAUUCGAAUCACCGACUCCUUUCUCCUCUUGGUCCAGCAAGGAGACUGGAUAGCCCUCAUAAUUUUCUUGUUCCACGGAUUGGAUUUGCAUCUGGCUUCCCGAAAGUGGUUCACAGCAGGAGCAGGAAGGCGGCUGGUCCUUGGCGUAUUACAAGCCGAUGGCCUUGAGAUUCCACCUCAGUGGAGCGACUUGGCUUCUUGGAUGAUCCAGGCAGUGGAAAUAUGA